AAGUCAAAAAUAUUUUCAAAAAUUGGGAAAAAAUCGGAAAAAAUCAGAAAAAAAUAGAAAAAAAUUAGAAAACGAUCAGGAAUUAAUCCAGGAGGAUAUAAAAUCAUGAGGCGCAUCGAAGGACUCGUGGAGAUGUGCUCAUUGAAUAAAUAAUUCAAAAAUGGAGAAAAAACUGAUUAAAGACUGGGAAAAACCUCAACAUGAAUUUAAGAUAAAGUGACAUUGCCUGCAUAUUAUUGGACGCUAGCAGGACAUAGAUGGGAUCCUGUUAUUGAUUAAAAAUAAUUUUUUCAAUUAUAUUUCUUCAGGUGUUUGCCAAGAAAUGAAUUACGACAACACACGGUGAACAUGGGGUGAAUCAACUAUGCCAUUCAAACUUGAUACAAACUGACUUUGUCACUCAUUGGGGAGACAAGGUCCCUGGGUCCUUCUGAACAUAAUUUGAACAAUAAUACGCUGCGGUGAUGUAGGCUUUUUGAUCAUAGCAUGACCGGUUCUGCUGAUUCAUUUUCCCUAGGAGGAAUUAUCGUAGGACGCCGAUCGACGCCUGGAGGCUACAGAGGUAGAGGUCAAGAGACAACGUCGACAACACCGGAAGACUUGACAAGGUUAUCCAAGUGUCAGGAAGGAUGUUCUUCUUCAUGAUGGUGAAGAAUUCAAUUCAAACAAACGGAGUAUAAUUGCCACCGAACAAAUUCCAUUCUCUCAAAUGGCCUAAUUCCAUUUCAGAUAUCGUUCCAAUUUCAACAUCGACGGUAAUAGAAUGCCAUAGAGCCGGACUGAAGCAUGCAGCGUUCAACUUUAUGCGGCCUGAAUACCAAACGCAAAUCCAUGCCAACUGUAGCAAGAAAAUUGAAGCGAUUGUGAGGAAGGCUCCAAAGACAAAGGAUCCUGAAGCUGAGAACGAGCCAUUGACACCUUGUCCUUAUUGCAAAAAUAAAUUACCUGAGACUAAAGUCAUGUGUGACAAAUGCAAGAGCACCAUACCUUUUUGCAUUGCUACGGGUCGUCACCUUCUCAAAGAAGACUUUACAGUUUGUCUACAAUAUGAGUUUCCCAAAAUCGCAACUGAGUUCCUGCGAAUUAUCCAAAGUGAAGAAGUUUGUCCAAUGUGUACGGAACAUGUGGAUCCAAAUAUGGCAUCAUCGAGCAUCGGCAUUCAUUCAUUCCUCGAUGCACAAGAUACCAAUGUUAAAAAGGUUUAGAGUUUGUUUCAAACAAAGUGCGCUCACAUCUGGAAUAACUGUGCGAAUUGUUGCCAUAGCUCACUAUUUUUCCAUGAAUCAUACCUUAGUCUUAGACCAAACAGUUAGUACAGUGUAGGGAGUACAAUCUGUGGCAUAUACGGUUUAGAUAUUCUGAACAGAUGCUGAUCGAUCGAAUCAAAGAUGAUACAUAGUAAUAAUUAUUGAAUUCCACUCAAUCCUUCCUUUGAUAAUUUUUGAUAACGAAAACCUGAUAUAUUCAGCCAUCGAGCAGAAGAAUCGUGUCAUUCAAUCGUCAGGUGUUUAUACAUGGUGACUCUCAGAAAACUUUGCUCAAUUCUCAUGAUGAGUAUCUCCGAGGAGGAUACCUUGACAAUUAAAGUUGAAAUGCAAAGAUCAGUUUACCUAUAACAUACUGUAAAAAAUUUAAAUAGUGCGUUUGACGUUAGGUAUAGCUGAAUUUGUUGAUUGAAUUAAGUGAUUUGUCAAAUUAAUCAAGUUGCCGCUAGUUCGGUACUUAGAAUAGCUAAUAAAUUUGAUUAUCUCGAUUACUUUCGGUUGUAAUUCAAUUUCAGAGUGUCAGAAUGAUGUUUUGAUGCUCAAAAAAUACAGAAGAAUACUACACAGUUCAA